GGGGGGGGGAAGUGAUCAUUGACCGUCCUUCUUUUUUUUUCUGUUGGUAACACAGAGCCAGCACUUGAUUGUUACAGUUUUGACUCCAAAAGGUAAAUGUAUUUGAAAGGAGUUUAUUAUGCUUGAUAGUUAUUUAUAGUACUGGUAACUGUAGUUGGACAAAUUGUAGGCUUUUGUUGAGAUAUACCUGUUCGUAAAUUUUUGCAUAGUGUUAGCGAAUGCUUCAUGAAUGAAUAACUCUUGAAAUUUGUGAGCUAUGAAGUUCCAUGCAUGGGUAAUGCCAUUGCCUAAGCACACUUUCUCAUUUCUGCCCCAAUAAAGGCCUUUGUUUUGCUGGGCAAGCAGAGCAAGAUGCAUCGUGCUUCAGAAUGGAAAUAUCUUAACAGUUUUUCUACGAUUUAGUUUAACUUAUUAGGUUUAAAUAUGAGGAAGUGUUUUUCUGCAUUUAAUUCAUUCUGGUAGGUAAAACUCAUGAAAAUAGCAAAUUGUAAGAAAAGACUGAAUUCCUGUUUAAGGCAAUAAGUAAAGAUCCCUUGAAAUUUUGCUUACUUAAGAACACUGUAGUUUUCCACUUAUUGAUGCACUGACCAGCACCCUUGCCCAGUAUUUUUUCAUUAAAAUCAGUUUAUACUGUAUGUUAAUAUGUUCUUGAAUCUGCUUGAAAAAAACAAAUGACUUAAUUACACAAGAGCUAAAUUAUACUUGCCCUUGGUAGUUGUCCUAUCUGAAUUAAGUAUGUAAAGAACUUAUUUUGCUAUUCUUGUGGAAACUCCUUACUUUAAGGAGAACACCUUUCAUGCAGGUGUAUAUCUCAUUUUGAAAAGAUAAUGGCUUCCUUGUUGAAGCUAAGUAUUCUGUAGCAAGUAGUUAAGCUGUAAUUCCUUUUUAAAAUGAUCUGUGUGUAUAUAUAUAUAAAGCUUGUGAUGAAAAGCCUAAAUGGUCUAGGACCACACCUUGUGUGAGAGACCUCUGACUGUGGCUGAAAAUAAAUUAUGGCUUCUGUGACUGAAGAUGUUACACUUCAACAAAUGCAUUAGGUGUAUUACAUUUUUAGUUACCUCUCCAAGCAUCUUACUAGACCUGAAAGUAUGCUUAAGCAUUCCUGCACUGUAGACUUUUUUCAGAGGUGCCUACAAUCCAAUGACAUCCUCAUCUCAUGUUGGCAUGUGACUGAAGUUUGCAAAAAGACAAAUACAUCAUAUUCCAAAAAUAAUUUCUGUGCAACAAUUCACAUAAAAAAUUUGUUCCUUAUGGUCAUUACUACAUGUGAUACUUUUAACAUUGAUUUGUUAAUAAUGCAAACUAUGAAGCCAAUGAAUUGAUGAUUUCUGGUCCAUAGCUGCUUAGGAAUCGAUUCUGUUGAAUAUAUAACUGGAGAAAAGGAUACUUCACCUCUACUCUUUAAACAUUUAACAGUUUAGAAACUCUUUUUUUUUCUCUUUGAAGUCCAUGGUUAUCUGUUGACUAUUGACUAUUAAACUCAUCAGUCAUCCUAUUUAAUUGAUGAUAGAUUUAGUGUCACAUAUAUUACGUUACUUACGUUGCUUCCUGUGGUCAGUCUGUGAAAUUCUAUCUGAACGUACUGUUUUCUUUCCAUAUCAGGACCCUGUUCUAUUGCAGUUCUUCAGUGUUUGCACGUAAUAAAUGUUGGUCAGAAAUAGACUGGAACUUUGUUUUGAUACAGGAAGCUGGAUUCACUGUACUGAGUAGCAAAUGACAGGAGGUAUUCCAAUUGGUUAAAUAAGAAGAACAAUUGAAACAACGUGAUCACUUAACAGUUAUAGGUAUUUAAAUUUGGGACCAGGAAAAAUUAUAUUUUCCUGUGAUGUUUUUCUGCUGUAGGAACAGAUGUUCAGAAACAAAUGCUAAAUCUGUGAGCUUUUAUAAGACAAACAGAAAUAUUGGGUGCCUUUGUUUGUAAACCAAAAAAAUAAACAAAUCGCUUAAAACUGUUGUGUUGAUUGUAUUUUUGCCCUUUAAGUGUUUGUUGUAUUUCUGCAUGCUUUUAGUGUAAUUUGUGGAAAAUAACCGAAUAGUAUGAAUUCUGUUUUUAUACUCAUGAACAUGUUUUUUCCCGACAAGUCUCGGAAAAUCAAGUUAGUGACAUACUUGAUGUUUGGUAAAAAAGCAAACAAAAACAACAACAACAAAAGAACACAGAAACAAAUGUCAACUUAAACUUUUGUGAGCUGGUAUCAAAACGCGUGGUGCUUGGUCAUAGAAACUUUCUUUUGAAUUUCAGAUAGCUUUCUCUUAGCAUUUUUAUUUGUAAUACCAGUUAUGUGUUUAAAUGACUACUUUUUCACAUAGCUUAAAAGGGCACUUUGGAUUUGCAGUAGCUAGCACGUGGAUUAAUAUUUCAGGGAUUUGCAAGCAAUCAUGGCUGUUAGAGCAUCUUGAUUUGGUGGUGGGUCAGAGGAAGGUAGCAUUAACUUGCAUUACCUACAUUGUUUUGGUUUUUUUUUUCAACCUCCUGAGCUUCUUUAGAUAACUUUGUCCACCUUUCUGUCUGGAGGUGACUGUAAGUUAAAGGCUACUUCAACAAAUAUGACUCACUGAUAGGUAACUACUAAUUAUGCAGUUGGUUUCUUUGGAAUAUGGGAUAAUGAUGGCUUUGAAUGGCUUUUAGUGUGUGUGCACGUUCUUACAUCAGUUAUAUCCAUUAACUGCAAGAGUAAUGUUUAUUAUCAGAAGCCUUUAAUUUCAUUCUAGUUGAAUUAUUUCUUUCAGGGUGGUAAUUCUGUAGUUAUUCUAACCCUCAGGUAGAAGCAAGGCCUCUUGUUUCUGUAUGAACACAUAGGGAAGAAGUAUGGCCUUUUAUUAUUGAAGCAUUAUCAACUUUACAAAUGAUUCUUUGAGGAAAGAAGACAUUACAACUGCUCCUUGAUUAAAAUUCACCAUGCACAGAAGAGAGGAAUAAAUUAUAAGUUGUUUCUGCCUCUUAAGUUAGGGCAUAUAAGAGGAGGUAGGGGAUGCUCUGAUCUGCAUUGUAGACCCUAGGAGGGUCAAAAAGUAGUUACGAUGAUCUUCUUUUUGUCAAGAAACAUCUGAUUUACUAGUUCACUUCAGUGCAAAUUAUUUAAUGCUUAGCCACUACUAACUUCAUGUCUGUCUUAUUUCAGAUUCAAGUCAGUUUCAUGUUCCUGAAAAAUUAUAUCCAUAUGAAACUGUGUAUCUCAACUGUUCCUCAUUUCCUGAUGAAGUGAUCUCAGAACUGGAGACGCAAAUAGUUACGGGUUUAGACACCUAACUUGGAUGAUAGUCAAGAGUCAGAAGUGAGGAAGCAUGAUUUCCUUUAUUAUAUAUAGGUAUUUUCUCAGUGCGAUUCAGCAUCAUAAGGCACAUGCUUAAAAUAAGUAAGGACUUUUCAAAAGCUGUCAUACUGGUGGGCAUGGAAAUGAAAUAGUUAAAUGAUGGGAGAAAGGUUAAUGCUGUCAGAAUUUGUUCUUAUUUUAAUAGGAAUGUGACAUUUUGGCUGUAUUGACACUGUGUUGUCAUGUGAUGCGUGAUUUGCUUUAUAUAUUAUGCUUACUGUCCAAGCAGCUAAAUGAGACAGCAGAAGUUAACUGUAUGUGACUUAAGUUUGUCAUCAGGUACGACUCACUUAAUGUACUCUCAUAGGACAGUGCUCGUUCCAGGUUAAAGAUUCAGUCUUGGACUGGACAGGAGCAGCAGUUAGUGAGAUUCUUCUUUAGAGUGACAGCGUAUGAAGAUCUGCGGAGUCUUUGGAAGGUGAGACUUGGGCAGUUAAUAGGAUAGAAACUUUACUGCAAGUUAUUUACAUGAUAUAAAGGGCCUUCAAAUGUGUGUCCUUCAAAUGCAUGUUAUCACUCCCAGGCAAGAUGUUUUCAAAUAGGCUUUCAAAUGAAUUCUUGCAGUAAUUUUGAACAGAUUAGCCAGGCUGGAGCAAGGCAACUUGGUAGCUACUGUAUGUCCUUUGCAGGAAGAAUGAGCAUCACCUGAUCAACUUGCUGUGCAGUGCACUUGCUUCAUGUUCCUUCAAGGUAUUUUGUUAAAUGCAUGUAAUUCUUAAAUUGUAGUUCAUUUAAUAGUUAAAUAUAAUUACACAGUUAUGUGAAGUUUUCACUUAAAAGGAUUUGUUCAAUUUUGUUUUCCUAUUAAUUUUCAAAUUAAGUUCACCUUUUCUGUUUGAUCAAGGCUUUCCCAGUUUUGAUCAGAGAUCUACUUUUUGUUGUAUAAAACAAAUACUGUUGUGCCUAGUUACUGGGAAGAGGAUUCAAGGCAUGAGAGCUUAAGCACGAGGAGCCCAAACCUCUUGAAUUGGAUGAGCUUUCACUGAGUACAACAUAAGCUAAUGCUGACUGAUAAUGUGACAUCAGGUAGAAGGUCUCUUUUCAGAAGCUAUGAUGGAGGACUUGUGAAUGAUUUUCCACUGCAUUCUGUUUAUUUACUGGCUGGGCUUUUGUCUGUAAUCAACUAUUUAAUACUAGGUAACACCUUUCUCUUCUAUAUCGUGUUGCAAAAAUGACAAUCCAGAAGGCUGCUUCUGUGUUUGGAUCUUAGGCUUACUCUCCCUUUGCUGAGCGGGCGCUUCUUCUGGGCUCCUUUAUUUCCUCCCCCACUCAGGUGCUGCCAUCAGUUCCUCUGUUCUUGCUACCUGCUCAAUUGACUGACUUUAGCUGUAGUUCUAGGCCUAUUGAGAUUAAAGGCUUUAUUAAUGCCAGGCACUGAAUGUACCAGGGAAAUGGCCACUUUGUUUCUUUAAGAAUGUUAAAUUCUGUUUAUUGGAAACAAAUGGCAGAUUUCUAAUUCCUGUGUGAGUACAAAUAUCAGUUGAGUUAUGCACUUGGAAGGUCACGUGGCAGAACAGGUCCCGUGUCUUCAGUCCACAUACAUGGUUUUAAGUCACAACUAAUAUUUCCUUGUCAGUGACACCUGUGGUUUUCCUCUGUUAAAUAUUUGAUUUGGAAAGAAAAACAUGCAAGGUAGCUUUCACUCUUUGUGACUCUAAUUUAAAACCAAGCCUAUUCAUUUUUAAUAGGAAUGUACGGCACUUAAGCUGGUAAGUCAGUUUCUGGAUGAAUUAGCUGCCACUGUGCUGUUUUCUGUGUUUGAUAUGACUUCUGCAUUUUGGAGCCAAUGUGUAUUUAGUACCUAUACAUCUCUUCAAAGAGUGUGAUAUGACUUGAAAGGCAGAAUAUUAGGUCACUGAAAAUAUUUUAGUUUUGUUCUGCAGUAGAAUUCAGUGAAUAUUAAUGAUAGCAACAAUAUUAAAUCUUUGGUUAGAGAGAGGUGGAACACUUCAUUUUUAAGUAAUACUGUUUUUAUGUUCCUCUCCACUGUUAGAGAGAGGAAACACUGUUAUGAGUUGAGCCACUAGUAGGAAAUCCUAACUGGCUAUGUAGGAAUUAAUGAGCUAAAAUUAUUUUUAACCUGACCUCAUAGAAGGAAAAGCACUAGAAAAAUUAAGACAGAAGCAAUUGGUGUUUUUCUCUUUUGAAGGCUGUACUAAUACCUAUCAAAUAACCUUGCUUCUAGCUAGAACUUUAUUGAAAUUCUAUGUGGGAUGUUCUUAGACCAGAAAACAAGUAUGGGGGGGGAGGGGAGAGGGAGUCAGUUUUUCUCAGUGCUUUUUUGUCUGCUUUCAGAAUUGUAUGUAAUCCUGUUAUUUUAAUCAUUCUGUUGGAAACUUGGAUUUUGUGCUUCACUUGACUGUUGUUGAAAUGUCAGGAGUUAUUACCCUCUGUGCCAGCAGUGAUCAGUUUAACUGGCAUAUAAACUGAAUGGGGAGUCUGGUAAACAGAUGCUCCCUUCACUCACUUCACAGGUGCUUGGCAUGAAGUUUUACUAAUUAACUUGUUAAUGUCAGGCAUCUCUUAGGAUAAGAUGGAUAUGCAGUGGCUUGCCUGAAAUCUCGAUCUCCUCAGGCAGUUGAUGUGGGAAGCAGAACAAAAAGCCUAUCUAGAAUAACCAUGCUAAGAGCAAAGUCAGUGUCACCUGCAUUUUCACAAAAGCUGUAAAACAUAAGGCAAUGACUUGCAUCUUGAUGAAUGUUGAUAACAUUUAAAGUGCAAAAUCUGCUUUCAGGUCAUCUUAAUUUUUCUUCCCACUUAGGCAAGCAUUGGUAUUCUCCUGUGUUUGUGAUGAGUCACUGUAGAAACCCAGGUGGGAGAGUUCAGAACAGAUAGUCAGCAUAUGUUAUUGCAAAGGUAUUUUACAUAAUUAACUGCUUGAGGACCUGAUGGAGAACAGGAAGCUCACCUGGGCCUUAAGCCGUGGUGAAAGAAUUGCCUGCCACUUCUAAGUGAAAUCAUCUGUUGCUAAUUUUCCUGCCUAGUUUGCCUUCCAUUCUUUUCAUAUGAUCUUCAGGGUUGUUUGCUAUAUCUUUAUGAUGAUUCUUUUAAGAAGCUUUUCCUUCAUCUUUGGCAGUUUCAUCAGGUUCCCUAGGAAGUUAGUCUGGAGAUGGAACACAAGCUUUUCAGGUAAGGCAGAAGCAGAAAAUAAUGCAAUUUCUUUGAAUAGAAAAGGCUGAGCUGUUCCUCUGAGUAGCAGCUUGUUUGAACUGACCCACAGUGAACUCCUUAUUGAUCUGCCUCUUCAUCUUUCCUACCUAAUCUAUGCACCCUUUCAUGCUUACUUGUAAACAGUUGCUUCCAGGUUGUUUGCUGCUGCUGCAUUUAAUUAAAUCAUUUGUCCUCAAAUACAGGCUCUUUGGCAACUAUAGUUCUCUUGAUUUAAGACAGCCUUGCUGCAUAUAUUUUUUUUCUAUUGGAGUAUACAUUGUGUUAGCUGGUAUUCAAAUUCAUUUCAUGGCUUUUGAGUUCUGUGGGGCCUCAGGAAUAUUCUACUAAAUAGACUGCAGUUGGCUUCCUUUAUGUAGUCCUUUGCCUAUUCAGUGCCUCAACAUCCUUGGGUAGCAAGUUCCAAGGCGAGGAAUUAGUUCACCAGGGAAGUAGUGAUAAGAGUUCCUGUCACCCACCUUUGAGGUAACCUCUUUUUUUAAUGUGAAAUGGGUAUACUGGAAAAUGACUUUUUCCAGUUAUGUGUAAUAUGUUAUCUCUUAAUUGUUGGGUUUAUAAGACUUCUCUAACAACAUAUGCAGUGCACAUGGCUUCUGUUGUUCUGCGUCCUGGAUUACUUCUCUUUUAUUUACACUCACUGCAAAUAGUCUUUGACAGAAUGUGAUAUAGAACAAACAUACCCACAGCAGAUUCAAGUAGUCUUGUUUCUUCAAAAAUAUUACUUGAGGUGUUGUUUAAAUUAUGAACAUAAAACAUUAAUUUGCAAACAGCAUAAUGAUUUGAGAAGUUUCUGAAGUGUGUAAAUGUGUGUGUGUCUCAGCCUCCAUAUGCAUGCGCAUACAUAUAAAGAUCAAUAUAUUUUGCUAGCUUUUCUCUACUUUUCUGGUUUUGUUCAGUUACUUCUGACUUGCUGUUUUAUCAGUGACUACUUCUGGAAAUGAGAGGAAACAUGUGACCAUUGUUUCCUGUCUGCUUUACCAGAAGGCUUUUUACACAGUGCCUGUGGUACCUUGUGUGAGCUGUUAGGGAGCUGGCUUUUGCCAGAACACUCAGUGUCCUUUUGCUGUGUUGUAUGCAGGAGCACUGAUUCUUCUGAGGAGAAGAUCUGAAGUUAGUCUGGGCACAGCAUUAGUUUAAAUUCUUCAGGGCUGCUGACUGAUGCUCUUAAGUGUGCAUCUGUUUGUGAUCUUCUAAAGGAAGCCUUUGAAAGAUCCACAAUUGAUAGGUGCUAUAAUGCUAAACUGUUAGUUUAAUGGGGGCGUCAGAACUGAAGUGCAGGGAGCGCAGCUUGUCACCAGUACCUCCUGCUUGUUGAUGCAAUGUGAAGAAUGGAAAUAAACCUUUUAUUGGAGAAAUUACUUUCUGAGGCUCAUCUGAAGCAUUCGGCCUUGCCAGCUUUUGAAAGUAAGAGCAUGUGUGCAUAAAAUAAAAAAUUGAGAAGUGGUUUAGGGAAAAGUGUUAUCUCAUAAAAAAGGGAGUUAAAUAAAACUUGUAUAACUUGUGGUAUUAUUUGCAUUUGUCCAAAGGAGAAGUAGAAAAUGGAAACUGAAUGAAGAAUCCUCAGGUAUUUCUGCUGUCCAUCUCUAGGAUAUUUUAACUGCUGUUACGAAGUUACUGUGAACACUGAUUUUUUUUCCUCCUGCAGGAUUUGGACAUAGCUCAUUAAUAAAAUUGCUGGAAAAUAGUACUUUGUGGGCUUUUAAAUUCUAUUCUUUUCCAAAACAGUGUUUGAUGGAAGAUAAACCAUAAAGAAGACUGUAAUUGAAACGUUGAUUGUCUGACAGGUGUUGAGCCAAAAACUCCUGGUCACAGGCUGAAGUGUCUUGGAGCUGAAGUAUCUUGAAUACAUGUGAUGUCUAAGCUCUGUUUAGAUUUAACUGCUGUAUCAAUUUUAACUAUGUGCAUUAAUAAGCUUAAUGGAAGAGCAGUGUACAGUGUUCUAAGGAAGUAAUGCAGUUAUUGUUAAGUACUUAGAUUGUCUUUGUUUUUUUCUGACAUUACUCUUCUUUUGCCUCUUUCUUUAGAAGAAAAGAAUGGCUAUGGAGAUUAGUUUUUGGAAACAGUAAGAAACAGCAGAUCCCAGAUCUAUCUCAGCCUGGCAGUUAACUUCAGGAAAAAGUCUUGCUUCAGGAGCCUAUUUAUAAGUGAUGCGUGCCUACCACUAUAGGAUUUUUAAAAACAUUGAGUUAAGUCGUCUUUAUAGUCAGUGUUUUUUAAAGGAAUUUAAGCUUAGCACUGAACAGACAAUACCAGCUCUUAUUGUAGUUUUGACACUUUUAAGUGUAAUUGAGUUAAACUGUUUUCAUGACAUUAGUGAAUACAAGAAUGAAACGCUAGCCCCAAAUUAAUCACUUUUUAAAUAAGUCAUGUAAUUUAGAGGACAAUUUAUUUUUGUGUAAGCCCUAAAACGUGUGUAUAUAUACAGAUAUAAAUGGCUUUUCAGUGUCAAUCUGUAGCAAAAUCUUAAAUGUUUUCAGAGCAGGAUAAACAAGAGAAUUUUUGCUGCUUCACGGAAGUAAAAUGUUUAUAGUCUGAAUUUUAUUUCAAGUAUAUUAAAUGUAGUAUGCUAUAUAGAGCUAUGUAGGGUUUUUUAAUAUUGAAUUUGAAUUGUUAGCACAGACAGAGAUACAUGUUGAAAAAGUCUGCUCCAAAAAAUUGAAUUUGGAGUGAGAAAGGAUUCAUACAGCCUGGAAAUAUUAAAGUGUAAGAACUAUUUCCAUGGUUGUGUUAAGAUAUGUAGGAUGUAGUCUAUUUACAAACGAGUUUGAAUAUCAUUGUAGAUAGCAAUAAAUAGAAGAGUGAGAAAAGAGUGGCAAGUUCAGUUGCAAGGUACUUUUUUCCUGCAAAUUUAUGAAAACAUCCUAGGAGCUUCUAACCUCACAUCUUUAAGAAAAUCUUUUUCCUACAGUUUGAGUCUUUUUUUUUUUUUAAGGCAGAGUUGAAUGCACAGUGAAGCAGAAAUUGGAGUGCUGAUACACCACUGAUAAUGAUAUUGCAGAUGCUGUUGCUUCAGUGGGUUUAUAAACUUUUAAUUCAUUUGAAUUGAGAGAGCAAGCCGAAGGAGGUCUUCAAAAAGGGAACUUACAGUAGACAGUUGUUGCAGGCAAACUGUUAGGUAAGCACUGAUAAAUAGUCUGAUUGCAUGUUGAUGACAAGUAUUGUGUGCUCUGCUUUGAAAACUUAAUGAUACAUGUGCCCUAAUGGUACGACUAUAGUGGUUGUUGUUAGACAGUUGCUGUUAGAUGGUGGGACUUGGCAAACAGACUGCGCCCGAUUUUGCUGCCAUUGAUCUUAGCUGCAGGAUCACAAACUGAAAGAGGGAACUGAGCCUUCAGGGGGUUUGAAACAAAUAUUGCAUCAUGGAUGUUUCACGUUGCAGAAGCAUCUCUUUCCAAGAUAUUCAUGUGUGUACGCAAUUAACAUCUUGUUGGAGAAGAUUGUUUGGAUUAAGGGUAAUUUUCCUGAGAGAGGGUAAAAAUGACCAAGCAAACAGCCUGGUUCAAAUGCUGCUUGAGGUUGGUGGCCUAUUACAACUAUGGUGCAGAAGACUGUUUUGAUACCUUGACAACACUGAGUUACUUGACUUCAAGAAUAGUGAGCAGCUACAGAAGACUUUAUGGUAGUGAAGACUGUAGUCUUUGCUGGAAGUUUGUGUGCCCAAAGCAGUCUUGUGGCAAAAUGGAGCUUUCUCUGGGCUCAGUUGCACUGCCAAGGAGUCAAGGCAAUUAGGGAGCUUAAGGAGUUUUAGAUAAUAACGCUUCUGGGUGUUCAAAUGGUCAUAAACAAGUGUGUAAAAAUAAUGUGCAACAGAAGAGUGGCAUUGUGGAAGCUCUGAAUUCAUACUGUUUUUUUCUCUGAUUAGGUUAAUUUAGCCAUUGUGCAAUUCUGACCUUUGCAGUUCGCGCAAAGAGAAUCCUGAGAGAUGAGGUUUUGUCUUUGUUUAUUUAAUUGUAUCCUAUAACAAAAAUUUGUGUAGCAAACUGAAGGUAUUUCAAGGUGAGCAUGUGAGGGAUGAAUGAAGGUGCAAAAGAAAACAUCCCAAGUUUAAGAAAACCUAAGCUGAAAUGUUCUCAGUGUUACUGCACACUUGUCAAGUUUAGACAGUUGCUUUGUGUAUUUCAAGCUCCAAAUUUUGGGGAAAAAAAAGUAAAAGAAUCUAGGCUGAAACAGCUCACAAGGAAAAGACUGUGAAAGCACAGAAAAGCGGAACGUACUUGGAAGCUUUUCUUUGUGUGCCCGAGGUUCCACCCUGGUACACAGGCUAUGCUUUGUGGCACAGCAGUGUCAAACUUUGAUUUAUCUUGGGUUUAAAAAUGACACACAACAAACACACCUAAGUAACCAGUAGUUUCUUGCCUGAUUUCUUUUUUUCUGGCUUGUAACAGUUGAAGUGCUAGAGGCUGCUAGAAUUAACUCUUUGUGGUCUUAAACCUGGAAUCCUUCCUGUGAGGAGAGGUGAGGGCUUGAAACUGCAGGAAUCUUUUGAUUUACUGUAUUGCACGUGGGACGGUUCAGGACUCCAAGGAAUAUAUUACGUGCAUGGGGGAAAUCUAAAAUUCUAGAAAAACAACCUGGAAAGUUAACAACUGUUUUCAUCUUUCUGGAGAAAAGCAUGCAAAAAUGCAGAAGCUGCUAAACUGAAGGAGUUCCUUGUUGUUACAUGUAAUUGAAUGUUAAUGGCAGUUCUUCUGUUUAGCUGUGUUUUUAGUUCACAGCUCUGAAGUGUCUCCUGUUUUCAAUGUCACAUGAUUUCAGUGUUAGGAAACCUUUUUAAAGAGUCCCUCUGAGCAUAAGUUGUGCUUCACUGAUAUUUACUAUACCUAGGUUGCAGAUUCAUCUAACCUAUCUUGUUUUGCAUUAUCCAUCCACUGUUUUUUUUUUUGGUUUUUUGUUUUUGAGAAAAUAAAAGCUGUAGUUUCUUUGACCUCUGUUCUGGAGAAGGCAGAAAGUUCAUAAAUCAUGAAUCCAACCCCAUGCAUAUUGCAUAAGGGUAAGGAACAGCGCAACAACUGAUGUACAGUAAUUCAAUAUAACCUAGCACAGAGUGGCACAAAACUACAGUAUUCUGCAGUAUUUGUGAGCUGCAGUAUUCUAGGGGUUUGACAUAGCGCUUUCCUACAUGAAAAGGGUUGCAUUGUGCACGAAGUUGUGAAAGAAACACUGCUAUUCAGAGUUUUUCAGCUAUUUAUCUGUAGGGAGUUAGUAUUUGCUGUCUAGGGUGUUUUUGGGUUUUGUUUUUUUUUUUUUGUAGAAUUGGACAGAGAUAUCGCCUGAUCAGCACAAUGCUGCUCACAAAUGUGUGGCAAACCCCCAUGGCAAUGAAGUUUGAGUUGAACAUAUGGAGAAAGAACUAAAACAUUCACAAACUCACUACAUGUUCAGUCUCAUUUACAUCAACUUAAGAAUAAAGCUUACUUGUUUUAAUUGAAAUCUGUAUUGGUUGAAUUCAUUGUUUUGAGCUCCUAAUAAACAUACUGACCAGUCUCCUACUUCUACAUUAGCUUUGAAGGAAGCGUUGGCAUUAAACCUUAAAUGGACUGUCUUUCAGUUGUUCUGAGUGGAAAAGAACUUAGCUGCUUAAAUUAAUGCUGAUUGUGUGGAAUACCAUGCAUCUGCAUCAUGCAUCAUAAAACAAAAUGGUGUUUUGUCUUAAGUAUGGUGUUUUCUCUAGUGUUCUGUGAUGUUCAUUGAAGGCCUUCAGUUUUUUACUAUAUUGGUUUUAAAGAACUGGCCAGUGUUGUAGUUCAGUUUUCAACAUUCUGAAUCUUUAUUACAGCAUUCAAACUCCUUUAAAUUCAUUUUUGUCAUUGCAGAUGUGAUAGUGAUCUUAAACCCUCAAGUUCUGAUAUCUGCCAAUUUUUGCUGAGAUGGUUGUAAGUUAUCCUCUCCAAAGCAGAGGUGAGGAGGAACUGCUGUGCAUUCACAUCUCCACUUCACAGCAUGCACAAUCACAUUUGUGGUAUAUGGCGGAACUUUAUAGUAGCUCUUAUUUUGCUCUUUUAGAUUGGACCCGGAGUAUUUGAAGGAAACUAUUUGCUGACUGUUCAGCAGCCUUGGCAUGCUCAAGUACCUCUGCUUGUGCUUCCAAAGCUCCUGUCCAAAGGAAGACCUCUAGCUGUCUUGAAAUCAUUAGAUAUUCACAUAGUGCAUAGGAGACCUGAAGUCUCAAUUCUGCCUGGUUUAAAAAUAAAAGCAGAGGCCUGGACUUUAUUCCAGAUGCCAGUGCUUGCUGCUAGUUCUUUGAGCCACAUCUCACCACAGUUAUUUCAGCAAACUUGUGUUGUCUGCACGUUGCCUUACAGGAUAACCAGUAUUUUCAGAUUUCUCGCUUCCUGCAAGUACUUACAGCUCCAUCUACCAUUGCAGAGACAGGGUGUUUCUUUGGCUUUGGUACAUGUUGGUACUUCCCCUAUUUUUUCAUCCCACUGUGCUACCUCCUGGUAGCAGAACAUACUUAGCAUGUUUCACUGCAGAAGAGAGCUAGUCACUUCAUUGCUAGUUGACAGUAGCUAAGCAGCGAGUACCCUCUGGCAGAAAACACUAUAUGUGGUUGUAGUGAUAGAAGCAGCUAGGUAAUUCUUAGCUUCUUGGAGUAGAAGGCUAGUUACAGAAGUGGGAAAAUAGGGAUGUUAAUCCAAAGCUAGCUUCAGUUUAGCGCUUCCAGGAAGCUCAGAAUAUGUCAUAUCAGCGUACAUGCACAUACUGGUUGGAUCCUGCUUAGACUGAGGGAGGAGGGGAGAAGAGUUUGCCAACUACUGUCCCUUGCAGUCAGCACAGAGAGCAAGAUUGGUUUCUCUAUGGCUUUUUCAGUCUAAGAGCAAAAGCUGUGUUGAUUGUGUCGCUCUUAUUUGUAAUAAGGUUCCUCAUGGUUAGACAGUAUUGCACACAUCUUCAUUUUCCUGAAGCCCUUUUUUUCUGCCAUCAUGAAAGCAGUUUUUUUUUAAAAAGCAGUUUAAGACAGAUUCUUUUAAAGCCUGUUAAGAGGCUUAUGAGCUAGAUUUUUGAUCUCUCUGAUGUUAUUUUAGGUAUCUCCCUGGAUUUGAGUGAGAUAUGUCUUGCAAAACCAAUAAGCAUACACAAGGGAAACUUUUUAUUUCUACGGAUAAUUUUGUUCCCUGUGUUUGCUGUAACAGGCAAUGUGAAAAUCAACUACCUCUAACAGAAGUGGUGUUGCUCUGCCAUCUUAUGGCAGAGCUGAAAACAGAACGUUCUGCUGGUUUUGGCUAUGUUGCAGACUUCUUUGGCUUUUUUUUCCUAUGACCUUUGUGACCUUUUACGGAAACAAACAAAGGAAAGCCUCACCACCAAUAAAAAACAAAAAGGAAAAAAAAAAUGCUCUACACUGACUUCAGCCUGGAAACCACCGUUGACAUUUUCACAUUUACUUUUCUACAGAUCUGGCACAAAAUGAGGAGUUUUCUGGGUGUGCUCUUUUCAUGACUCUCUCCUCUCUUCCAAAUGGACUUCUCAAUCUAAGUCAGAGCUGGAGGCUGUCAGCCUGUUCUGUAGUUCUUCCUACACUGAUUGUAUUUUAUACUGAGUCUAAAAAAUAAUAAUAAAAGCUGUUUAGUAAUGGUGACCAAGCAGGACCAAGAGCAAAUAAACCAUGGUUAUGUGUUACUUUCUGCAAGAGGGGAAGCAGUUGACUGACCCAGAGAAAAUAUGGUGAUUAGGGCUUCUUUCUGCUGUUUUAAGCUACUUUGACAAUUAAUUCUUCUCUGAUCUCCUACCAUUUGGACUUGGUUCCAUCUCUGUAUUUUUUUACAGCAGUGAUAGCCACAGUUGUGGAUGACCAGUGCUGAACUUUACCAGGAAUCUGUCCUGCUGAAGUGAUGUGAAGUACAGAUACUGCAAUAGCUGCAUAUUCUUGCUAAUGCACUACAUAUUUAUCUUUAGUAUAUUUCUUAGGAAAUACACAAUAAUUCAUCACAGUCAAACAGCAGUUAGAUGGAGCACUAAUAUAUUUUGAGCCUAUUUCUUACUGUUGUCCUAAGUUAAAUGUUUUUCCCGCGUGCCAAAAUCAAAUGUUAAAAUCUGCAUUCACUUUACUGUCUAAAAGUCAGGUAAAUGGCUUUAUUUUGGACCAUGCUACUGUCAGGCAUUAGCUUAAUAAGAGAUGUAGGGUUUAUUUGAUGUAAUGAUGUAGCUGACUAAUUCUCCUUUUAUACCUUGCUCCAUUAUGGCAUUUUGAGCUGUAUUAGAAGAAAAAAAUAUAACAUGAGCUUGCAAGCCAAAGGUAAGAGCAGCUAAAGCUGGUAAGGGAGAAAGGUGGGAUAGUUGUUUUGUUGAUUUGUUUUAUACCAGUGGCAGAGAAGAGGUUAGAUGUCUUCUUUUUGCAAAUGAAGAGCUAUUGCACCUGUUAAUUAUCAGCGUGUGCCUCCUUUAUAGGAUUAGCUAUAUAAUAAAAAUUAUAAUGCAGUCAUAAAACAGAUAUGCUAAAUGCUGUUCUUAAGCUCUUAUGCUCUGAAGUUGUAUUUCAUGUUAAAAUGCUAAAGCCGUCAUAGAAAUACUUAAUCAGAAUGAAUGUUCAGACCUUGUAAAUCCAUGUGCCCAGUUUCAGGCCCAAAUGUGAGGGAAGCAGUGAACAAAGUGAGAGUUGAUACAUGCAUAGCUGAGUAUUCCUACAAGAUGUUGAAUGCACAUUCACAUGUAUUACUUUUAUCGAGAGAACGCAAAGGAACAAAUUAUAAAUCUCAAGUAUUGUAUAUACAUAUAAACAUCUUUAGGAGGCUUAAAUAAUUAUACUGGAAAGCAUUCUAUGUCAUUAGUUGUGCUAAGAGUAUAAAUUGUAUUUUUAGAGAAAAGAAAAAGCCUGUCACCUAAUCUACAAAGCCUGUUCGGAUAUUUUUUUCUGCUAAAUCACCCUAAAUGGCACUAGCAUCAUUUCAGCUGUCCUCCUCAAAGCAUUGUAUGGUAUAAAAGUGUGCUCGUUAACAGCUGUUUUGCAAUAGGAGCUGUGUGAAGGUUCAUCUUUAUGCAUGCAGUCACAGCAGUGGAUUGUGGUAAGACUGAGGGGGGGAUGGGUGGACUUGAUUGUUGUAUCUGUGCAAAGCAGUGCAGACCAGCUAAGGGAGCUGGUGAGAAUGGAGGGCCUGUUUCUCUAGCGUUGACCAUAUAUCUCAUAUUAUUGACAUGCCUGCUGAGUGAGGAGUACAACCAUCUGCCCUUUGUCUUGAUAAUGACUAACUAGUACAAAGCCUCAUGAGCUCACGUUUAUUGCAUUUCAGACUAUAUUUUCCUGGAUGUGAUGAGGGUGAGGAGGGGCUAAAUAUAGAUCCUGGAGAUCUGCAGGACAAAACCAGUAAUAGCUGGUAUGUUAGCUCAGCAUAAGGCAGUACAAUUGUGUGAAAUGAAUGCCUUGGUGUUCCUGUGUUUGUUUUAUUUAUGUUUAUAUUGAGGAGCUCCCACUGCGCUUGGGCUGUUUUAUUAGCAACAAAACAUUCCUGAGGGGAUGCCAUAGGUUUGGGAGCUAAGCAACUAGGAUACUCCAACUCUCACUGAGUUGUUUAGUAUGUAUGGCAAUCUUUGAGAUAUUGCAAGUUCUGCAACUGCAUGCAGUAAACUAAGCCCAGUCUUGUUCCCUUUCCCUUCUCUUUUCCUUUCCCAGUUAAUCAAUUAUGCUGUUCGUAUAAUGCUGGAUCCUAUCUAAAGAAAGCUUGGGCCUCUAUCUUAAUACAUUGUGCCUUUUUUAGCCCACACUACUACUACAUUUGUUGACAUUGCUCGUUUACUUUGGAAGAUAAAGCCUUCUUACUAAUAGUGGUUUAGCUUCUAAGCAAAAAUCUAUUUCACAGUAUUAUCCACUGCAGAUACAAAUAACUGAGCCUAUGUCUAUGAUACUUGUGUACUGCUGAGUUCUAAGAGCAGGAAAAACACAGCUAUUGUGAAAAGCAGGAAAAUGCUAGCAGGUAUGGUUUCCUUUGGUUCUUGGUUUUCAAUUGCUUUUGUCUAGUACAAUAACUAUUCUGCUUUGCUCUACCUAAUGAAGAAGAGCUUAAUGCAUUUCCCUUCCAAAGCUGCACUCUAUCUUUGCGUGGGAAAUGCUUAUAUCCAGAGACCAAAUGACCUGGGGGAAAAAGUCUUGGGGGAUUUCUGUGGGCUUUUAUUCUGCUGAGCACUCUUUUGAAAGUAUUUGAUAUUGUACAGUUUGUUUUGUGCCCUGACAGAUCGGCUUAAGAAUUUAGGAGAGUGUAAUAAAAGUAAAGUAAAAACACUAUUUAAAGCUAACCUUUCUUGUUUUACUGCUCCCUCUGAGUUCUUGCUUUAGUUAAUUAGAAGCAAUAAAGCUUAACUAAAUGUCUCUCUGUAAGGCAAGAACACUGUCCCUUUCAGUUGUGCUGAAGGCUGUAAUGGGCACACAGUGGUAGUGUGGGAGGAUAUGCUUAAAGCACAAAGUCUUAGAAUGUAGUCUGCAUCGGAGGGAAGCUGAUAUAUCAGAUCAAGUAAUAUUUGGGAGGGAGUGAUGCUGGCAGUGCUGCUUGCCAAAGCUGUGAGUUUUAGGAGCAACAGAAGCAAGCCAGUGAGAGAAAUAGACAAGAGACAGGUUGUACAGAACAUGCCAUUCUGUGCUGCUUCUUCCUGAUCUCGUGGGCUGCUGCACAACUGUCACUUAGCACCCCAAGAUGUGUAUUACUUCCAGUAAGCUGCUGUUACUCCUGCUGGGGGUUGUUUGUAUUACAGAGUCCCGUGCUGUACCACACAUUCUUCAGAAAGAUCCUAAGUGCGGGCAGAAAGUUCAUGAGACAAAACCAUGGAGUUACUUCAACCUUUUCACUCGGAUUGUUGGAGGGAACCAGGUGAAACAAGGCUCACAUCCAUGGCAGGUUUCCUUAAAACGAAGAGAAAAGCAUUUCUGUGGAGGCACCAUUGUUUCUGCUCAGUGGGUGGUCACGGCAGCUCACUGUGUCUCGGACAGGGCUGAUUCAACGCAUUUUGACUGUACAUAUUAUACUCGAAAAUCUGAAGAUGAAAGGAACCUACUCAAGUAUUUGAAUGUCACUGCAGGAGAGCAUGACUUAAGAAUCAGGGAGAAUGGAGAGCAGACACUCCCUGUUAAAUACAUCAUUAAACAUCCAAACUUUGACCCCCGAAGGCCGAUGAACUAUGACAUAGCCCUUCUCAAGCUUGAUGGAACCUUCAACUUCAGUUCAUCAGUUUUGCCAGCAUGUCUUCCUGAUCCAGGUGAAAAAUUUGAAGCAGGAUAUAUCUGCACUGCAUGUGGCUGGGGCCGCUUAAGAGAGAAUGGAGUGCUCCCUCAGGUUUUAUAUGAAGUCAAUCUACCAAUUCUAAAUAGUAUGGAAUGUUCCAGAGCAUUGUCAACUUUAAGGAAGCCCAUCCAAGGUGACACUAUACUGUGUGCUGGAUUUCCAGAUGGAGGAAAAGAUGCCUGUCAGGGAGACUCUGGGGGUCCUCUCUUGUGCCGACGUAAGCAUGGUGCCUGGAUUCUUGCUGGUGUGAUUUCCUGGGGGAUGGGAUGUGCUCGUGGCUGGAGAGGUAAUGAGAUGAAGAGACAUUACGAAAGAGGGUCUCCUGGAAUAUUCACAGACCUCAGUGCAGUGCUUUCCUGGAUUCAAGAAAAUAUGAGUGCUGAUCUGAAAAUGAAAAGUUCCACACCAUUUUGUAGUGUUCAGGAUGGCAAACUCACAGACAGUGAAGGAGAAUUAAAUUUUCCUGGAGGUUCCGAACAGUUCUAUCAAAACCAUCAAUUGUGCAUAUGGACUCUGUUUGUACCAGAAGGGAAUUAUAUAUUGCUUCAUUUUUCCCACUUCGAUAUAGAGCCAGAAACGUUUUGUGACUAUGAUUCUUUAUCAGUCUAUUCAAAAGACGACAGACUUGUUGGGAAAUUCUGUGGAGGAGAUCUUCCAUUACCUAUUUUGAUUGGGUCCAAUAAUAUAAGGCUGAAAUUUGUUUCUGACAACAAGGAUUAUGGAACUGGUUUUUCUAUGACUUAUAAAGCUCUUACAACAGGUAUUCUUCCUGAUUCUGGCUGUGAGUCCUUAGCUGUCCUUUUUGAAGAAGGAGUGUUGCAAAGUAUGCACUAUCCAGAGAACUACAGCAAUCUGGCUGUCUGUCAAUGGAUUAUUUGUGCACCGGAGGACCAUGUAAUCAAGCUUACAUACCAGACUUUUGAAGUAGAAGAGAGUGAAGAUUGCUCUUACGAUGCUGUUACUGUGUAUGAAGAUGCGGGAAAAGAGGAGGAAAUUGCUAAAUCAUGUGGAUUUGUCCUACCAGCGCCUGUUCUAAGCUCCUCUUCUAUGAUGCUGGUUGUCUUUCACUCGGAUGAAACAGAGACCUUUGAAGGAUUCAGAGCUACGAUCACUUUUGUUCAUGUUACAGAUUUAGAUACUUUGGAUUCUGCUAGUGUAGAAGUAUUUGAAAAUACAGAUAUGACUGAAGAAGAAAUACAGGUUACUACAGAUGAUGUUUGUGGAAUGCCUUCGAAUCAGCCGAGGUUCAUCUUUAGUAGGAUAAUUGGAGGUGAAGAGGCUGUACCACACUCAUGGCCUUGGCAGGUCAGCAUACAAAUUUCAGAUCAACAUAUCUGUGGAGGAGCAGUUCUUGCCAAAGAAUGGGUUAUCACAGCUGCUCACUGCUUUAAUUCUAAGGAACUAUACAGAGACUUAUGGAUGGUGGUCACAGGAAUUCAUGAUCUUACAGAGCAAGAAUACAGACAGAAAAGAUCAGUAAAGCAGUAUAUUAUACAUCCAAGCUUUAACAAGACCACUAUGGACUCUGACAUCGCUUUACUGCAACUGGCUGAGCCCUUAGAAUUCAACCACUAUGUGCAUCCCGUGUGCCUCCCUGCAAAGGAAGAAGUGGUUCAGCCCUCCAGUGUAUGCAUUAUCACAGGAUGGGGAGCACAGGAAGAAGAUAGAGAAAAGAGUAAAAAGUUGCAUCAGCUGGAAGUUCCCAUCUUGAUGCUUGAAGCAUGUCAGACCUAUUACAUAAAUCUUCCCAGUAGAGUGACUCAGAGGAUGAUCUGUGCUGGAUUCCCUCUGGAAGAAGGCAAGGACUCGUGCACAGGUGAUUCUGGUGGCCCAUUAGUUUGUCCUUCAGAAGAUGGCUCAGGAUUUUACACCCUUCAUGGCAUCACUAGCUGGGGCUUGGGCUGCGGAAGAAAGAGCUACCCAGGAGUAUACACAAAUGUUGGUGUUUUUGUGGACUGGAUCAAGCAGAGCAUUAACAGUAGCGAUCUGCCCAUUUUCAUGGUGUAACUGUCAGAAGAGCACUUCUGAUGGACUACAUUGUAGAACACUUCCGAAGUACAAAUGUCACUAAAAGCAAAAUGUGGUGAGAGCGUAUUAGUUUGUGACUGCUGAAGAGAUCAUAAAGUAGCUGAUGCUUUCCUUGAUUAAUUUACUGCUUGUUUUCCUGAAUUGAGACUUCAACCCUUACGUGUGUGUCCUUGGGAUAUACAUAAGUUACUUACAGGUUUCUGACACUGUUAAUCUAUACUAGAAAGAAGGAUAGGUCACCACAUACUGUAUGUCAAGCAUGCACUCAAACGCAGCACUGGAGAAAACAAAAAAUUCCAUGCAAAAUAAGCAUGUAUGUUAAACAACUGAAGUCAGUUAUCUUUCCAUAAGGUCAAUGAGAGUGUUGGCUCUGGCUCUGAGGGGACCUCAGCAGUGGCAGUACAUCUGUAAGGAUCAUCGAAAGAACACCGUCUAGUGAUUCAUCAUGUAAAUCAAUCUAACUGCUUGGAAAAUAGUAUUUUAAUAUGUACAAAUGGUGGUCCUUGUAAGCCUGAUUUGUGUGCCUAUUAUUAGAAUGAUUUGACUACCUUAUUUGCCUGUUACUGUAACAGUUUUUCUACAUGUAGUUGCACCAAAAGAAUUUUGGUACUUGGAAAGCUGCCACCAAAUGCAGAGUAGACAUAACUGCGUCCAACACUGCUUGGGCUUUUGAGAUGUGAAGAAGGUUCAGUGGGAGAGCCUGGGUGACUUGUAUGAGCACCUUCUGGUCUGCCUGCCCAGUGGAAUCACCCAUCGAUGUGAAGCCCCAUGUAUUAGCUUGUGUGCAAGACUGUGCAAGAUUUUCCCAUCUUGCCAGAUUAGAAUUCCAGUGGAAGGCAUUUUCUGGGCAUUAAGUGACUUGUUAUGAAUGUAGGGAAUUCUACACAGUAAGGGCUGUGCAUGGUGCAAAGACUCAUCUCAACGAUCCACAGCUUUGAAUAAGCUGGGGUAUAGUGAGUAUGCUUCUCGUGCUUGAUCUAAGGUUUCCCUUGCAUCAACCAUGGUCCCACUGUAACUGUUUUAAAUCAGUUAUGUACAAUACGUUAUUUUAGGUGGUGUCAGCAAUGGAAGUGCUGACAGAAGUCUAAAGGAAGCCUUGGUGAGCUGUUGAACGUUCACAGUGUGAUGUUGCUAUGCUCUGUUCCAAAUUUCUGUAUUGAACAAAAGUUGGUGUUUUGAUUAAAAAGUAACAUCAGCUUUUCUGGAUAAGAAAA